CGCUCUCACCAGCGGAAGCUGGGCUUACUACCGCUUCCGGUCUUGCAGUUAUGGCGGCGCCCGGUGGUAAGGAGAAAUCUCAGUCUAAAGCCGAAUACCUGAAGCGGUAUCUGGAAACAGGCGGCGACGAUGGGGGCCCGAAGAAAAGGAAGAAAAAGAAGAAGAUUCCAGAGGGAAAGGGGAUGCGUAUAGUUGAUGAUGAUGCUGAAGACUGGAAAACGAUACAUAGCAAACAAGAGCAAGCAGCAGAGGUGGAGGAGGAAGAGGAGCCUGUUGUGGCAGAAUUUGUAGAUGAACGGCCUGAUGAUGUGAAACAAAUGGAGAUAUUCAGGAACAGCAACAAAUGGAAACUAAUUCAAGAUACUGGAAAUGAAUCAUCUGGAAUGGAGAGUUCUUCAGCUCUUGCAUCCAAAGACAGCAGCCCCACUACUUCACAAAAAAGAAAUAUUCAGAAUGAGAAAAAAGAUGACUCUUCUGAUGCUUCCCCACCUCGAAGAAGUAGACAUGAUUCUUCAGAUACAUCGCCACCUCCAAGAAAAACACAAGAUUCAUCUGAUGGAUCACCACCUCGUAGAGGGAGGCACGACUCUCCCGACACGUCUCCGCCUCGUAGAGGGAGGCACGACUCUCCCGACACGUCUCCACCUCGUAGAGGGAGGCACGACUCUCCCGACACGUCUCCGCCUCGUAGAGGGAGGCACGAAUCUCCCGACCCGUCUCCACCUCGUAGAGGGAGGCACGACUCUCCUGCCCAGUCUCCACCUCGGAGAGGGAGGCACGACUCUCCUGCCCAGUCUCCACCUCGGAGAGGGAGGCACGACUCUCCUGCCCAGUCUCCACCUCGGAGAGGGAGGCACGACUCUCCUGCCCAGUCUCCACCUCGGAGAGGGAGGCACGACUCUCCUGCCCAGUCUCCACCUCGGAGAGGGAGGCACGACUCUCCUGCCCAGUCUCCACCUCGGAGAAGGAGGCACGACUCUCCUGCCCAGUCUCCACCUCGGAGAGGGAGGCACGACUCUCCUGCCCAGUCUCCACCUCGGAGAGAGAGGCACGACUCUCGCGACCCAUCUCCGCCUCGGAGGAGGAGGCACGUCUCUCUCGACCAGUCUCCGCCUCGUAGAGGGAGGCACGACUCUCGCAACCCAUCUCCGCCUCGGAGAAGGAGGCCUGACUCUCGCAACCCAUCUCCGCCUCUGAGAAGGAUGCCUGACUCUCCCGACCCAUCUCUGCCUCGGGGAAGGAGGACUGACCCGUCUCCACCUCGGAGAGGGAGGCAUGACUCUCCUGACCUGUCUCCGCCUCAGAGAGGGAGGCAAAAUUCCAUUGAAUCUUCUUAUUCUAGAAAUAAAAGAUGUAAAUAUCCUUCUCCUGAUCCUUCUGCAACUAGUAAAAAUAGGCAGAACUCAAGUAAAUCUUCUCGCUCUCAAAAGGAUUAUCAAAACUCUUCAAAAAGCAUCCCUCUCCACAAGGAUCCGCAUAAAUCUUCUGCACACUCAUCCUACACUCAGGAUUUCUCAUCUCAUCACAAUCAAAAAUUUAAUUCCCAGGAACUUUCCAGCACCCAAUCUGCGAAGGACCAUAAAAAACCUAAUAGUUCCAGUCACCGUUCCUCUGCUAGACACGAUUAUGACUCAGAAUCCUCUCAUUCAAAGAAAAGAGACAAGACACAGAAAAGAAGGAAAGAAGCAACACAGCAGCAGAACUCCGACUCAGAUCUAUCUCCGCCACGUCACACAAAGUCAAGAGGCUCGGACUCGGACCUGUCACCACCACGGCGUACACAAAAGGAUUCCGAUUCAGACCUUUCCCCACCACGUCAAUCCAAAAAGAAGGGAUCAGAAUCUGACCUUUCCCCACCAAGGCGCAGAACUGAUGGCGCCAGGGGCUCUGCAGUGGGUCCCAUUCACAAAGGGUCUGGAAUGCUGUCUGGCGGCAGAGCUGGCCUUGUGUCUUCUGACGUCCUUAGGCAGGAAAAGGAGGAGCUGAAAAAGGGACUAAAAGAUAACAAACAUUUGGAAGAUGAAUCCAGAAAUGCAGAAACUGUUUUCAGAGACAAAAGUGGCAAGCGCAGGGACCUGGAUAUGGAACGGCAACAACAGCAACAGAAACAGGCAGUUCAGGACAAGAAGGAUGAGAUGUAUGCACAGUGGGGAAAAGGCUUGGCCCAAAAAGCGCAACAGCAAAAAAAACUGGUGGAUGCUGUAAAAGAAAUGGAAAAGCCGCUUGCCAGAUACAUUGAUGACGAUGACCUAGACAAAAUGUUGCGAGAACAGGAGAGAGAGGGUGACCCAAUGGCCAAAUUCCUGCAAAAAAAGAAAGAUAAAAAAGAUAGUGAGAAAAAACAACGUCCGAUGUAUAAGGGUCCCAAUCCCCCGCCAAACAGGUAUAAUAUCUUGCCUGGAUAUCGCUGGGAUGGUGUGGAUAGGUCCAAUGGAUUUGAAAAGCAACACUUUGCAAGGAUGGCAGAAAAGACAGCUGUACAGCAGGAAGCAUACAAGUGGAGUGUGGAAGACAUGUGAACAAGAUGACAGACUUUAUGCAGAGCAGGGAAAAAGAAGUCCAUCUUGUGUUAUGUCUUGACAAUACAUUACCAGACUUGCAAUUAGCAUCUUGAUUCCUUCAGUUAGGUAGACCUGUCCUCUUCUCAGGGCUUUCUCAGUCAGUACUUGUUUUUUUAAAUACCCAGCAGCAACCCUUGUGUACCACUUGGUGACCAUGGACAGAAAUACCUAUAUACCCUGUGGGUAAGCAUUACUAUAUAUUGUACAUUUUCUCCAAUUCUCCUCUGUAUUCCAAGGUAUCCACCUUGAUUUCAAGAUGUUUUAUUUGUUUUCAUGAACAGUAAGAUAUAUUAAGUAUUUCCAUUUUCUAUUAAAGUGCUGUAAUUUGU